AUGGCAGGGCUGACAGUGCAAGAGGUACGGCAGUUGAAGGAGAGAGUUCAUUCAGCAGCCAAAGGGGGGAUGGCUAUAAGUAUAUUUGCUUUACUGUGGAAUAUGGACAAACCUUUAGUGAAAGAAAUCCUGGACCACUUGACGGAGUGUGAAGGGCAGAAGACAACUCCUCUCGUGAUUGCAGCAAUGUUGGGUCAUACAAAAGUUGUCCAGGUUUUGUUGAGUAAUUUUGACGUGGAUGUGGAGCAGAGGUCAACUGUUCGGUUUGAUGGAUACGUGAUUCAAGACGCCACUGCCCUGUGGUGUGCCUCUGGAGCUGGGCAUAUGCCCAUCGUGGAGCUGCUGAUCAAAAAUGGAGCCAAUGUGAACAAUGCCACCGCGACCAAUUCCACGCCUUUGAGGGCUGCAUGUUUUGAUGGACGUUUGGACAUUGUAAAGUUUCUCAUUGAGCACGGGGCUGACCUGACCAUCCCGAACAAGUACGAUAACACGUGUCUGAUGAUCUCUUGCUACAAGGGCCACACCAAGGUAGUGAGGCAUUUGCUGGAGAAAGGAGCUGAUCCUGACCUCAAGGCACACUGCGGGGCCACAUCCAUCCACUUUGCCUCUGAGUGUGGCCACCUUGAGGUUGUCAAGGAGCUGGUACAUUUUGGAGCUUCUAUGCUGAAGAACGAUUUAGGCAUGACCCCAUUGAUGGUUGCAGCUGAGUCUGGGAAGGAAGGGAUUGUCCAUUACUUCAUGAAACAGCCGGAAUGUACAAGAUUAAACAAGAUUGAAGCUCUGGAGCUGCUAGGGUCCUCAUUCGCUAACGACAAAGAAAACUAUGAUCUGAACAAAGCUUAUCAUUACCUCAAGUCUGCAAUGGCUCUAAGAAUCCAUGAUGAUCACGGUCGACGGCCGUCUAAAAGUGAAUUUAUCCCCAAACCAUUCUUUACCCCGGUUCCAGCAUACGGAAAUCAUGUUGAGUGUCAGACUUUGCAAGAGCUGGAACUCAUACGUCAAAACAGAGAUGCAUUUCAUAUGGAGGCACUUACAAUAAGGGAAAGAAUCUUAGGAUCUAACAAUCCCGAGAUUCCUCAUCCAGUAAUAUUCCGAGGAGCUGUGUUUGCAGACAAUGGGAGAUUUGACCGAUGCAUUGCAUUAUGGAUGCAUGCCAUGAUCUUAAGACAGACAAACAGUAGAUCUAUCAACAAAGAUCUUCUGCGAUUUUCACAAGUAUUCUCACAGAUGGUGGUUUUGGGUGCGGAGCUGGUCUACGCUGACGUGGAGCAGGUCUUGAAGUUUGGUAUUUCGGUUUGUGAGUCGAAGUGUACGGCCACUGAACUUUAUCAGUCAAAUAUACUCUCCGUGAUGUACCUGAUUACAAUUGCCAGGAAGGUUGCAGCAGAUGACAGAGAUGUCAAGGCGUUGCACAAACUUGUUUAUAGAUUUCUCAAACUUAGACCCAGUCUGAAGAACGGGUAUUCUCCCCUGCACAUUAUUCUAGAUCCAGGAAUCUGCGUUGACGAUUUUCAUGUUAACAGUAUCGUUGUUUUUCCUUGUAAACUCCUUGCUAGCAUGUUCUUGGACUGCGGAGCAGAAGUAGAUGCCCUGGACUCCUCCAGAAACACACCACUGCACAUUAUCACCAAUGCAAAACUUAACGAAUCCCAGGAAAACACUCGGCAGGAAGUAAUCAAGAUGCUUUUAAGUUACGGAGCACAUUGUGACGUGGCCAAUAGCAAAUUCCAGACGCCAUUUCAUUUGUCAUCUGGCUGCACGUUGAACACCCUUAUCCAGUACAGCAAUGUCUCGCUGAAGUGUCUAGCUUCACGCUGCAUUAAGAGAAACAAAAUUUUGUAUCAGACGCUUAUACCUAAAUGCCUGGAAGCCUUUGUUGAUCUGCAUUGA